GUCUCAGUCGCGAUCAAAUCGCAAUGUCGAAAGUUCCUCUGUCGUUGACGUUUAUCCUCGCGCUGUCGACGAUCGCGUCGUCGACGGAGGCGCCGAGCUGCGAUCGCGCGAACGGUUACACGGUGUGCCAUAACAAGGGUGUCCUGGUGGACGUGAUCCAGCACGAGUCGGAGGACAGGCUCGAGAUCGACGACCUGGACCUGCUGGCGAUUCGCGAGAACGCGUUCAAGAACUUGACCACUACGCGUCUGAGUUUCAUGCAGGGGAACAAAAUCUCCGUGGUGACGCGAGAGUCUUUCCGCGGAUUGGAUAAGCUGGAACGACUGGACCUGGACGGCAACGUGGUGACGUUAUCGGCGAGCCUGUUCGCAGAGCUGAAACAGUUGCGCUCGUUGUCUUUGAUUUUCAACAAGAUCAACGGUAUCCCAAGGGACUCUUUCGCAGGCUUGACGAACCUGAUGUGGUUGUACCUGGGCCACAACGACGUCGAGUCGAUCGACGCUGGCUCCUUCUCCGGAUUGUCUUCGUCGUUGCUCUUUCUCUGGCUGAACGACAACAAGAUCGCCGGCAUAGAGGCGGGUAGUUUUGCUAGGAUGACGGAGCUGACGCGUCUACACUUGGAGAACAAUCGGCUGACAUCCGUUCGGCCUGGGACCUUUCGAGGACUGCACAAACUGGACGGCCUGUUUUUGGAACAGAACCAACUGUCCAGCGUCGCCAGGACCGACUUCAAGGGACUGAUCGGCUUGAGGCUGUUGUACCUGCAGCACAACGAGAUCGCAGACAUCGAGCCGGGAGCAUUCGCGGACUUGGGUAUACUGGAGCAGCUGGAUCUCAGGGAUAACAAACUGUCCAGCGUCGAUUCGGCGAUGUUCGACGGGCUGACCAGUUUGAAGAAGCUCGAUCUGUCCAACAACAGGAUCGGUGUCGUGGACUCGGGCGCGUUCACUCGUCUCGUCUCGUUGAGGAACGUCAAUCUCGCGAACAAUAACGUGACUAACGUCGACAGGAAGGCUUUCGGAUUGCCGCUUUUGGCGAUCCUGCAUACGUAAUAACAAGGAAACAGCGAGAGACUGCGUUCCGUGGAUUGCGAACAAGUGCUCUACCGAAUAAUCGUUCGUUCGAUACAAAUAAAUCUUGCAGCAUUACAACGCGCGCCACUGUUGUAUCUUUAACGUUAUUUUCUCGAUGGAAGGACUAAGAGAUCUUGCGACGACGAAUAAAAUUUACACGCACAAACCUG